AUGAUGCUCGACACUUCAACUAUUCCCGGCUACACGAUAUAUCGGGAAGAGCAAGGUGGUUCCUCUCAAAUCGACCCUGCCACACUGCAACCUCCGCUUCACCCUUUGGAUCAGCUAUCGGUUGAGGAAAUUUCGGUUACUGCCCAAGUCAUCCGUAACCAUACUGCUUUUCAAGCUGUGAAGUUCAACUGCAUUACCCUGCGUGAGCCCCGCAAAGAUGAAUAUGCAGCAUUCAAAUCCGGCCAAAUGUCAACCCUCGACCGCCGAGCUUUCGCCAUCGUCAUCGAUAAGAGCUCUGGCAAAGUAGCUGAAGUCGUCGUGAACCUAACCAGUGGCACUGUCGAGGACCUGAAGGUUCUUGACGAAGUCGCACCCACCUUGACCCUCGAGGAUCUGGACGUCUGCGAGCGGAUUUGCCGCACUGACGAGCGUGUGAUCCGAGUAUGCCAAGAGAUUGGCAUUUCUGAUAUGUCCAAGGUCUUCUUGGAUGCAUGGGCCAUCGGAUUCGAUGAUCGCUGGGGCAUGGAACGGCGCCUGCAGCAAGGACUCGCGUAUUAUCGUGAUUCGGCUUACGAUAACCAGUACGCUCAUCCUCUCGACUUCAGUGUAGUCCUCGACACUGACAAAGAGGAGGUACUGGCUGUCGACGUUCGGCUAGUCAACGGUGAGCGAACCCAGGUACCGUUCGAGCAGCAUAACUAUCUGCCUGAGUUUAUUGGUGAUGGUUAUGUGCAUGAUAGUCUGAAGCCCAUCGAUAUCACCCAGCCCGACGGUCCAUCCUUCCGUAUGCGAGGCACCCAGCUUCACUGGGCUGGCUUCAAAAUGCAUAUCGGCUUUAACUAUCGCGAAGGCAUCGUGUUGUCAGAUGUGUCCAUGUACGACAUGUACGAGAAGCGGGAUCGGGAACUUUUCAACCGCAUCAGCGUUGUCGAGAUGGUAGUACCCUACGGCAAUCCUCAAGCGCCCCACCAAAGGAAGCACGCUUUUGACGUUGGCGAGUACGGCACUGGUCUCAUGACCAAUAGCCUCAAGCUGGGCUGCGAUUGCAAAGGAGUCAUCCAGUAUUUGGAUGCAGUACUCUCCACUGGCGAUGGACUCCCAGCUGUUAUCAAGAAUGCAAUCUGUAUUCACGAGGAGGACAACGGUUUGCUGUACAAGCAUACUGACUAUCGAGAUGGUUCCGUCAUCUCUGCUCGAGACCGACGGCUUAUUAUCUCGCAAAUCAUUACUGCAGCCAACUAUGAGUACGCCUUCUACCACAUUUUUACGCUGGAUGGUACCUAUAAGCUCGAGAUCAAGCUUACUGGCAUGCUGAAUACCUAUUGUCUGCAUUCUUCCGAGAUAGCAGCUCCCUACGGCACAGAAGUGGCUCGCGGAAUUGACGCCCAUAAUCAUCAGCACAUCUUCUCCUUGCGUGUGGAUCCUAGUAUCGAUGGCCCCAGAAAUAGUGUCAUUGAACAAGACGCCAUGCCAUCCGAGCAUCCUGUCGGCUCGGAGGAGAAUAUGUAUGGAAAUGCUUUCUUGUCGAAGCCGACACUAUUGCGGACCGCCAAAGAGGGAGUCAGAGAUUACUGUCACGAGACUAGUCGGGCAUGGGCGAUUGUGAAUCCGCACAGCACCAAUCCAUCAUCCCGGAAGCCUGUGUCAUACAAGAUUAUUAAUAAUAACUGCCCACCACUGCUAGCCAAGCCUGGCAGCAUGGUCCACAGCCGCGCUGCUUUCGCCCGUCACAGUCUGUGGGUAGUUCCCUACAAGGACUACGAGAUCUUCCCCGCCGGCGACUACGUAUGCCAGAGCUCCGGACAGCCUGGACACCCGCACAACCCGACUAUCGUCGACUGGGCGGAGAGAGACGAGUCCAUUGAGGAUACAGACAUCGUCUGCUACGUUCAAUUCGGUCUCACCCAUUUCCCACGCACUGAAGAUUUCCCUAUCAUGCCCGCUGAGCCCGUCAGCGUCAUGCUUCGAGCCUCGAACUUCUUCGUGAAGAACCCUGCUCUGUGGGUGCCACCGACCGCAAUCAACAAGGAUAAAACCUCUCAGUACGCCGUCUCCCCUGUUGAUGCAACCCCGCCAAGCUCUUGCUGCGCUGCUCCCAGGAUUCCAAGCAGAUUGUAG